CCCAGAGCGCAGGCGCGGCGGUGCCCGCUAUAUAUAAAGGCGACGGUGCCUGCGGCCUGCAGCUCUGCUCAGACAAGGGCGCCGGAGUGGUUCGAACUGCUGGCCCGCGUGCCGCCGCCGUCCCCGCGCAGGACCAGUUGCCUCCCAGAAAUGGAGACUGUUGUUCGCCGCUGCCCCUUCUUAUCUCGAGUGCCUCAAGCAUUUCUGCAGAAGGCAGGCAAAUCUCUGUUGUUCUAUGCCCAAAACUGCCCUAAGAUGAUGGAAAUGGGGGCCAGGCCAGCCCCUCGGGCCCUGUCCACUUCCACAGGGCACUGCCAGCAGGUCAGAGAAACCCCUCCGGCCAGUGAGAAGGACAAAACUGCCAAGGCUGAGGUCCAGCAGGCCCCAGGUGGGUCCCAGCAGGCUCCAGGUGGCACCCAGCUUCCAUCUGGACACCCUUCCCUUGCCGCGAGCCAGGGCACUGCCAGCAAAUGCCCUUUCCUGGCAGCCCAGAUGAGCCAGAGGGGCAGCAGUGUCUUCCGCAAAGCCAGCCUAGAGCUUCAGGAGGACGUGCAGGAAAUGCAUGCCGUGAGGAAGGAGGUUGCCCAGACCUCAGUGAGCCCCAGUGUGAUUGGUGUGAAGACCGACGGCAGGGAGCCAAGCGGGUUGCUGAAGAAUUUCCAGGAUAUCAUGCGAAAGCAAAGGCCAGAAGGCGUGUCCCAUCUUCUCCAAGAUAACUUACCAAAAUCUGUUUCCACUUUUCAGUAUGAUCGUUUCUUUGAGAAGAAAAUUGAUGAGAAGAAAAAUGACCACACCUAUCGGGUUUUUAAAACUGUGAACCGGAGGGCACACGUCUUCCCCAUGGCAGAUGACUAUUCGGACUCUCUCGUCACCAAAAAGCAGGUGUCCGUGUGGUGCAGCAACGACUACCUGGGGAUGAGCCGCCACCCACGGGUGUGUGGGGCCGUCAUGGACACUUUGAAGCAGCAUGGCGCGGGAGCGGGUGGUACUAGGAAUAUUUCCGGAACUAGUAAAUUCCAUGUGGACUUGGAGCAGGAGCUGGCCGACCUCCACGGGAAAGACGCGGCCCUCCUGUUCUCCUCCUGCUUCGUGGCCAAUGACUCGACUCUCUUCACUCUGGCCAAAAUGAUGCCAGGCUGCGAGAUUUACUCUGAUUCUGGGAACCAUGCCUCCAUGAUCCAAGGGAUACGGAACAGCCGAGUGCCGAAGUACAUCUUCCGCCACAAUGACGUUGGGCACCUCAGAGAGCUGCUGCAGAGAUCAGACCCCUCAGUCCCCAAGAUCGUGGCAUUUGAAACUGUCCACUCCAUGGACGGCGCGGUGUGCCCACUGGAAGAGCUGUGUGAUGUGGCCCAUGAGUUUGGAGCAAUCACCUUUGUGGACGAGGUCCACGCGGUGGGGCUGUACGGGGCUCAAGGUGGAGGAAUUGGUGAUCGGGACGGAGUUAUGCCAAAAAUGGACAUCAUCUCUGGAACACUUGGCAAAGCCUUCGGCUGUGUCGGCGGGUACAUCGCCAGCACCAGCGCUCUGAUCGACACCGUGCGGUCCUACGCUGCCGGCUUCAUCUUCACCACCUCCCUGCCACCCAUGCUGCUGGCCGGGGCCCUGGAGUCUGUGCGGAUCCUGAAGAGCGCCGAGGGCCGGGCGCUUCGCCGCCAGCACCAGCGCAAUGUCAAGCUCAUGAGGCAGAUGCUGAUGGAUGCCGGCCUCCCCGUGGUCCACUGCCCCAGCCACAUCAUCCCCGUGCGGGUUGCAGAUGCUGCUAAAAACACAGCUGUGUGUGACGAGCUGAUGGGCAGACAUAACAUCUACGUGCAGGCUAUCAACUACCCAACGGUGCCUCGCGGGGAGGAGCUCCUGCGCAUCGCCCCCACCCCGCACCACUCGCCGCAGAUGAUGGCCUAUUUUCUAGAGAAUCUGCUGGCUACGUGGAAGCACGUGGGGCUGGAGCUCAAGCCGCAUUCCUCCGCCGAGUGCAACUUCUGCAGGCAGCCGCUGCACUUUGAGGUGAUGAGUGAGAGAGAGAGAUCCUACUUCUCCGGCCUGAGCAAGCUGGUGUCUGCUCAGGCCUGAGCGUCCUGUGGUCCCAGUUGCUCCACCUAACCCCAGGCCAUGUCAUGUCCAUAUAGCCUCCAAAAGUGUCUUUAUAUGGGAAUUAAAUUAUAUUAAAUUUAUAUGCUAUGGUAAAAGCAUAAACCAGAAAAUAAAUUCUUGUUUAAGUGA